AUGACUGCUGCUGAUGUCAAUGAUAAAAGUCGUCAAGUUGGUCACCUGAUUGCUGAUGAGUUUGACUCAAGAUCUGACGAUAACUUGUUCAUCUUCCAUAAACUCUUACAGGCUCGUAAGCGGGUUUAUGUAAAGGUUGUUUCAGGACUUAAUUAUCACUUAGUUGUUGCGGUGCAUACAGUGUGUCCCAAGUACAAGCGACGCAUCGACAAGACUCGCUGUCUGCCAGACAUUGGUGAAGAACACAAGGUGUGUGAGGCACAUGUUUUGACACAGCCUUGGCUCAAGAGAAAAGUUGUGACUAAUCUCCGAUGUGCUGAGAAAGAUGAUUUCUUUAAAGCAGAUGAUUCUGUUGAAGUUUUGUAUCCCAGUGUGCAUCCAACUGCUCAUGCCAGGCCAGUGUUCCAAAGUCAGUUUUUGGUCAGAGACAGUGUGGAGAGUGAUGAAAGCAAUGAGGUAAGCUCCUGUGAAAACAUUUGUUUAUUUUUACAAGAUGAUUCUGACGAGCUUCCAAGCUUUAGAGGUAGGAGGGCAGCACUCGGGGGAUUCAAGAAGAUAGAUUUUACGGAUCCAAAGGUCAAAGAGGUGUCAGAAUUUGCCGUCAAAACCAUGGAUGAAAGGACUAAUGAAAUUAAUGUCAGGGUUAUUGAGAAAGUGAUCAAUGCUGAAGUGCAGAUAGUAAGUGGCAUAAACUGGAAACUUCAAGUACAGUUAAGCUGGACAACAUGUAGGAAAGAGGAAAAAGUUCAGGACCUGAGCACCUGUCAGAAGGACCCCAGUAAACCCAGCAGUAUUUGCAAUGUUAUUGUUUAUGAAGUACCAUGGAAAAACCAUAUGGAAGUGACUGACACAUCAUGUACAACUGUGGAAGAUGAUACCCAAAAUCACAGUAAUGAUAAUACAGGUGAACCACCAAGCAUCAGAAACAGGAGAGGAGCUCUUGGAGGGUACGAGCCUGUACAACUCCCUGAUCAAAAUAUUGAUAAAGUGGCAGAGUUUGCUGUAAGGUCAAUGGAUGCAAGGGAUAAUGACCCUAAUGUCAGGGUUGUUGAGAAAGUGAUCAGUGCUCAAAAGCAGAUAGUAAGUGGCAUAAACUGGAAGUUUCAAAUACAGUUGAGCUGGACAAAAUGUAGGAAAGAGGAAAAUGUCCAGGACUUGAGCACCUGUGAGAAGGAUCCCAGUAAACCCAGCAAUAUUUGUGAUGUUAUUGUUUAUGAAGUACCAUGGAAAAAUCACAUGGAAGUGACUAACACGUUAUGUACAACUGCGGAAGCUAAUAACCAAAAUCAUAGUAAUGAUAAUACUGAUGAACUACCAAGCAUCAGGAGGAGGAGAGCAGCUCUUGGAGGGUACGAACCAGUACAACUCCCUGAUCAAAAUAUUAAUAAAGUGGCAGAGUUUGCUGUUAAGUCAAUAGAUGCAAGGAUUAAUGACCCUAAUGUCAGGGUUGUUGAGAAAGUGAUAAGUGCUCAAAAGCAGAUAGUAAGUGGCAUAAACUGGAAACUUCAAGUACAGUUAAGCUGGACAACAUGUAGGAAAGAGGAAAAAGUUCAGGACCUGAGCACCUGUCAGAAGGACCCCAGUAAACCCAGCAGUAUUUGCAAUGUUAUUGUUUAUGAAGUACCAUGGAAAAACCAUAUGGAAGUGACUGACACAUCAUGUACAACUGUGGAAGAUGAUACCCAAAAUCAUAGUAAUGAUAAUACUGGUGAGCUACCAAGUAUCAGAAACAGGAGAGCAGCUCUUGGAGGGUAUGAGCCUGUACAACUCCCUGAUCAAAAUAUUGAUAAAGUGGCAGAGUUUGCUGUUAAGUCAAUGGAUGCAAGGAUUAAUGACCCUAAUGUCAGGGUUGUUGAGAAAGUGAUCAGUGCUCAAAAGCAGAUAGUAAGUGGGAUAAACUGGAAGUUUCAAGUACAACUGAGUUGGACAACAUGUAGGAAAGAUGAACAAGUCCAGGACUUGAGCACCUGUGAGAGGGACCCCAGUAAACCCAGCAGUAUUUGCAAUGUUAUUGUUUAUGAAGUACCAUGGAAAAAUCACAUGGAAGUGACUAACACAUCAUGUACGACUGUAGAAGAUAAGCGAGUACAGUAAUUAUAAAGCACACUUGAGGAAAGCUUAACCUUACCAUUACUGUACAAGGUUUAUUUUUACAAUGCUGAGUGCAGUCAGCAGCUCACAUUUGUUUUAUAGUUUACUUUUUACAAACAGUGUUAAAUCUUGCAAUUUAUAUACUAUUCAUUAUCUCUAUGCAGUCAAAAAUGUCUUUAUAAGUGAAGUAUCUUAGUUUGUAUAUAUGCAUUUGUCUCCUCUUAAAUUGAUUUUUGUAACUGUUUGUGGGUUUGCUUAACUACUUGCUAAAAUGUCCUCAGACUAUACUGAGGUUUGCAGUUAGACUGAUACAUAUUUUCACUACCAACUAGAAUACCCAAUGGUCCCUUGCCUUCAGGUGCCAGUACUGACCGAAUUUGUUCCCAUAAGAAAUAUUGUGAAGUAGAUUAGUCCAUUUCAGACCCCCAAACAUACACGUACAAACGCACUUACAUAAAUACACUUACAUAAUUGGUCGCAUUCGUAGGUAAUCGUUAUGCGGGGGUCCACUGUAUAUACGUUUUUUCAACAUUUGAAAGUAUUUAAAAAAAUGUAGAUCUUCUUUCUUGUUUUACAUUUAAAAAUGUGCAAAAAAAACUUUUAUCUACAUUUUUUUUUUUUAUUUUUGAAAAUAUGUAAAAAAAACGUAGAUCUACUUUUGGAGCACUACGGAUUUGAACAUCGAUUUGUUUGGACCGUUUAAGAGUUAAAAACAUGCCAAGCCAGUAUCUUCUGUCUACAUAGCUUUCCAUUCACCUGUGACUAAUGCUUUAUUUAUUUCAUUUUUAAGUCUGCUUGAAAUAUAUUGCAUAACUAUGGGCUUUUCCUUGUGUGACAGAAAAAUAUAUAUGUAUACUGUAUGUAAUGCCAUGGAAAAUAAGAUUUACUUUUCUUAAAAGUUGAUUCAAUAUUUCUGACACUCUCAACGUGAUACAAAUAAUGAAUCUAUAAUUUGUAAUUGAGAAUUAUAAUGCAGUAAUGGUUGUCAAUUAAAAAUAUAUUGUUUAUUCUUCAUUUAAUGACAAUUUAUUGUUUAAGUGUUUAUAAUUAGAUUGCAAUUUCAGGUAGAAUAUUCUAGUAAACAUUCUGAAUGAUUGUAAGGUAUUUUGUUAUUUCCUUUCGAAAUAUAGCCUUCACAAUGAUUUUAAAAAUUGGUGAAGUAUGUUGAAAUGAUAGUUUCAAAAUAUUGAAAAUUUUCAUGUACAGUACAUUAUUCACAAUUGUGAACUUGAGUUUGACAAACUGGAAAACAAAAUGCCUUUCAUAUAAUCAGGAUUAUAAUAGUAAAAAAAAAAAAUAUGGCACACAGCCCAUUCAGCAGUGCAUGGUAUGGGCAAUACUUACGUUAAAGAAUAGUGAAAUUUGUGGAGAGGAGGUCACAGUGUAUGAUGUCAGCUGUAGUUAGGAAGUCAGUAAAUCUUCAUUAAGGGUACAAUACUUUCACAAUCUAUUGCCUCUGACAAGCAAAUUGCACUUCAGAAACCUGAGGAAUAGUAAUCAUUUGCCCUUAUCAUGAACAAAAAACCAUGCCUAUGCUAGUGAAGCCAUAUUUAAGAUCAUUCCAUUGAUACCAAGGGUUAUGAUGUUGUUACAAAUAAAGAAUAUAACUCUCA